CCGGCCGAUAGCUGUUGAGCGACAUACUAUACCAGUACCCUGCCAAAGCUGGAAUACGAAUACUUUGUCAGUAUAAAAGCAUCUUCAAGCAGCGAAAAUGAAGGUUUUAAUCCUUGUAUUGCUGUUUUGUUCUCCUGCUGCUCCGGAAAGAGUGCACCAAUUUUCAACACGAACAAAACGAGGUGUAUUCAAUGUCCCAUCAUUGAUCAUUAAAGCUUGCGAUCUCGCCCUAAAUGUUGUUGAAUUCUUCUCGGAUAGCGGUUCAUCAGAGCACGAGGAACUUCUUGAGAAAAUCGUGGACAAAAUCGAUAAAUCCAACGAGGCGCUAAAAUGGCAUAUAGUGCAAGUUCUUCAGCUUAACAAAGUUGAAGACACUCGUCUGGAAAUCCAUAGUGCUCUUAUUGAUUUAAAAAACUGGAUAACAGCAGAAACGGAACAAAGUUCGGAAGAACCAGAAACCGGAAUUCUACAGGCAUCUUACAGCAAAGAUGCAUACAAGGGAAUUUUUCAACGGAGGACAUUUGAUGCAAUUCCAAGAAUACGUUACCUGGCUAGACAUUUUGUCGAUAACAUACCAGGAACGUCAAAAAGUCUUAUUGAAUUGAUUUUGGAACCAAAAAGAUGCAAUCUUACCGCACUUUUUGAAAUCCAAGAAGAUGUGUUAAAACUAAUUUCGAGUGGAAUUUUCCUGGAAAUGACGCUGAUGUCACUUGAAGGUGAAACGACACUCCGGAAUGAGAAACUGUAUUGGGAACAUGAGGUUUCCGAUGUCUUAGAUGAAUUCAAGGCACGUGAAAAGGAAUGUAGGUCCAAAAGACGAUUCUUGGCGCUAGACGAUUUGAAACAGACGAGGGACAUUGCGAAACUUCACAAAUCAAAUUCGGAAUGUUUUCUAUGGGCGUGGAAUGACAUUCUUAUGUUUGAUGAAGACAUUCCGGAUGGUUUACUUUCUUAUUCAGUCGACCCUGCAACGAGUCUUUAUACUGAUGACACUGAUGACUUACGAAAGAUGGUAAUAUAUGGUGAACAUGAAAACUAUACUACAGCCGACAACGUUGGUGGUAUUAUCUGGAACGCAAUUUACGACCAUUCGUUAAACGAAUCUACUAAAGCUAAGGACAUAUCAGAUGUGAUAAAACGCGAACUCAUUGAGAAUAAAGUUGUCUAUAAAGCAGUUGUAGUGUACUUCACUGACAACCUUUCACGGUAUCAUCCAAAGGUCCAUAUAGAUAAUCGUUCACCAGCAAUUACAGUACUCCUACAACGAGUGAAUUUUCGCAUCUGUACCAGUCCUCUCUGUGAAGUGAAUUGGGAUAACUGGCUUGCCCUAAGGAAAACCUUUAGUGGCCAUUUUACAAUAUAUGUGAUACCAGGGCUGAAGAAAAGAAGUGAUCCCCGGAAUUUGGACAAAAAACAAAUCAUUUUGGACUCGAGCAAAAAGAACGACAACUCGGUGUACAACUCGUAUAUUUCGAGUUCUGCAUGUGGAAACUUUAUAUUGAAUUUGCAACUUCUGAUAAUGUCAUUUCAUUUUUGCGUCAUAUUAAACAACAGUUAGUAACAAAGUGGAUAACUGCUAUCCCUAAUGUUAAGUUUUUGUUGAAAAAGUAUGAACCUUUAGAUGUUGUACUUUAAGUUGAAAGUGAUAUUUCCAAAUAAUUGAUUAUAAACUUUGGGUUUUAAGGGUCAGAUUUCCACAAUAACACAGGGUAAUAAGGGAGUACCUAUUAAUACAAAUUGCAUAAUUUGCGAUAAAGCAAACAUUCAUUUCUGUAGAAGGUUGUCAAUUGGCAAGAUUCAUAUAUAUGAUGUUGCCAAAAACUGUUGAAAA